AUGAGGAUUGCUGAACGGAAUGAAGCUGUUACGAGAGCGAAGCUUUGUCGGAACUGUUUCAACCCUGGUCAUUACGCUAGAACCUGCGAGCGAGGAGAGUGUCAUCACUGCCAUCAAAAGCACCACUCCAUGUUGCAUACUGGAGAAACGCGAUCCUCCGUUCCAAACUCGCAGUCAAGACCGCCGACACAACCCCAACGACAGCAACAGCCACAAUCCAGUUCAGCACGAUCAAACCAACAGACACAGAACACUAACACAGCUACCUCUGCCAACUCGCAAAACACGCACACACGCCCAACCACAGAACAACCCACCACAAGCCAAAAUCUAGUUUCAUUGCCCGUUACUCCUACUCAAAGCAUACCCCUGUCAACGGCGCUCGUCAAGAUCCGUGAUCGGUUUGGCAAGACGAUGCUAGCCCGAGCUUUGUUGGAUUCUUGCUCACAGCAUUGUUUGAUGCCCAAGAACUUUUCGAGCAAACUGAGUUUUCGUGAAAUUCCGUCGCAUUUGUCGGUCCAAGGAAUUGGACCAUCCCAGUCGGUUUCUACGAAAGCAGUUACAGCGUUGGUGGAACCAAGAACCACUACUGUGUCAGAGUUUUCCGAAGAGAUGCAGUUCCACGUCCUGCCGAAGCUGACAAUAUCGCUGCCAACUGCAGCCGUCGAUUCAUCCAAGUGGAAUCUACCUCCGUCGAUGACUCUUGCUGAUCCGUGUUUCCAUGAACCUGGCCCGAUUGAUUUGAUCAUCGGAGCUGAGUAUUAUAUGGACUUGCUCUGCGAUGAACGACAGAAGGUGACGAGUGAAGGCCCAACUCUACAGAAUACGGUGUUUGGAUGGAUAGUCUCUGGUCGAAUUCCGGACAAUUGGGCAAGCAGCGUAGUCUCUGUGACCCACGUCUGUUCUACAGCAGAAACAUGCAGAACUGCCUGCACUCACUCAACAGAAGAGUCAGCUUGUGAGGAGAUCUUCGACAAGACUACAACUCGAGACAGCGAAGGACGUUUUGUUGUGGCGCUCCCGAAGAAGGAACACCUCAUCAGCCAGUUGAGAGAAUCAAGAGCAGUGGCAAUACGCCGCUUCAUGGGGAUGGAACGACGUUUCGCUACGAAUCCAGCGCUGAAGGAGGAGUAUACGAAGUUCAUCCGUGAAUAUGAAGACCUGGGACAUAUGGAGCAGAUUUCCGGUGACUCGAUAGGAGAAAAGGAGUACUAUCUGCCACACCAUGUGGUGCUGAAACCCGAAAGUACCACUACCAAAUUGCGAGUGGUUUUUGAUGCAUCCUGCCGUACGUCAAGUGGAGUUUCGCUCAACGAAGCCUUGAUGGUAGGACCUGUUGUGCAGGACGACAUCCAGGAUAUCUCGUUACGUUUCCGUUUGCAUCGUUACGCACUGGUUGGUGAUGUUGCGAAAAUGUAUCGGAUGGUUCUGCAUACUGAGGAUGAUCGCCGUUUUCUGAAGAUCGUAUGGAGAGAUGAAUCGACUGAACCGAUCCGUACCUAUCAGCUCAAGACGGUCACGUACGGUACAGCAUCGGCACCAUAUCUCGCCACAAAAUGCUUUCAGCGUUUAUCAGAAGAAGGAGAAUCAGCCUACCCUGUAGCUGCCAAGGUGGUUGGAAAGGAUUUUUACGUUGAUGACAUGCUGUCCGGCGUAGACAGCAUCGACGAAGGAAGGCUGUUGAUCCAACAAAUGAUAGCGCUACUUCAUUCUGCUGGAUUUACACUUCGAAAGUGGAACUCCAACUCUGGUGAACUUUUGAAGGCCGUUCCAGAAGAAUUGAGAGACGGCAGAUCCAUUUUGGAAUUAGAAUCUGCAACCGCUACCGUAGAAACUCUCGGUCUCCUGUGGGAGCCCGGCUCCGAUCAGUUCAAGUUCAGUACUCCGUUGUGGAAUUCAUCAUCAAUCAUCACCAAGCGAUCCGUACUUUCCGACGUUUCCCGUCUAUUCGAUCCACUCGGCCUGGUAGGCCCGGUGGUAGUACAAGCAAAGAUCUUCAUCCAAGAUUUGUGGCGGAAUCAAUGUGGAUGGGACGAGGCACUCGACGAGAAUCUGCAAGACCAGUGGCGAGAAUACAAGCGAAAUCUGGCUGGCCUUGAUACCUUGAUGAUACCUCGAUGGGUCGGCUUCAGCAAAGGUGUUGACGUCGAAUUUCACGGAUUCUGCGAUGCCUCCAAUAAGGCAUAUGGUGCUUGUAUAUAUCUGCGAUCUGUUUCAGCGUCUGGUGAAGUCUCGGUCCAUCUACUGACAGCCAAAUCACGAGUAGCUCCUCUGAACAAUCCGAAGAAGGCUGAGAAACACGAAACUACCCCUCGAUUGGAACUGUCAUCUGCCCUUUUGCUCGCGCAUUUGUACGAAAAGGUCAAAAAUGCCUUGCAUUUGGAUGCACCUUCGUUUUUCUGGACGGAUUUCAUGAUUGUGAAGUGCUGGCUGUCGUCGUCACCAUCCAGAUGGAAGCAGUUUGUAGCCAAUAGAGUCUCCGAAAUCCAGCACAUCACGAGGGGAGGAGUGUGGAACCACGUUGCUGGACUAGAGAACCCAGCUGACAUUAUCUCUCGCGGGAUGACUCCUGCACAACUGCAGUAUGAAAGGUAUGGUUUCACGGCCCCCACUGGCUGA